AUGGCAGCCGGCGAUCCAGGCUCUAUCCGCUCUCAAUUGAUUGGCGCAUGGGAGUUGAUUGAAUACUACGCCUACCUGCCCCAUGAUGAAUCAAACAGAGUCUAUCCAAUGGGCCAGGAUGCAAAGGGCAUCAUCAUGUACACCCCCGAUGGCUACAUGUCGGCCCAACUCCAGACGCCAGGACAGAAGCCCUUUGGAGAGUGGGCAGGGCGCAAGACCGGCUCAGAUGCCGACUGGGCGGCCGUUGGACGAAACUAUGUCGCAUAUACGGGUGCGUUCUAUCUGGACGAACGCGGUGACGCCAAAGGACGGCCGAUUUUGAAGCACAACAUGAGGUACUCGAACCUGCCGUAUCUGGUCGGUGACAUCCAGAGGAGGAUCAUGAGAUUUGUCGACGAGAGCGAUGGCAAAUACCUGGAGUUGAGCUUGGACGAUCCCGCCAAGUUCGAGGGUGAGGACCGUAUGAUUCGGGUGAGAUGGCGAAGGCUGCCUUUGAAUCAAGCAUCGACACCUCCGUGA